UCGGCCGGAACCGCCAUCUUCCAGUAAUUUGCCAAAAUGACCAACACAAAGGGAAAGAGGAGAGGCACCCGCUAUAUGUUCUCUAGGCCUUUUAGAAAACACGGAGUUGUUCCUUUGGCCACAUAUAUGCGAAUCUACAAGAAAGGUGAUAUUGUAGACAUCAAGGGAAUGGGCACUGUUCAAAAAGGAAUGCCCCACAAAUGUUACCAUGGCAAAACAGGAAGAGUGUACAAUGUCACCCAGCAUGCUGUUGGCAUUGUUGUAAACAAGCAAGUUAAGGGCAAGAUUCUUGCCAAGAGAAUUAAUGUACGUAUUGAGCAUAUUAAGCACUCUAAGAGCCGAGAUAGCUUCCUGAAACGAGUGAAGGAAAAUGAUCAGAAAAAGAAGGAAGCCAAAGAGCAGGGUACUUGGGUUCAGCUGAAGCGCCAGCCUGCUCCACCCAGAGAAGCACACUUCUUGAGAACCAAUGGAAAGGAGCCUGAGCUGCUGGAACCCAUUCCCUAUGAAUUCAUGGCAUGAUAGGUGAAAAAAAAUAAAAGACUCCUGCACUGUAAAAAAAAAAA